GAGUUGAGCUCUGCCACCUUCAGUUGCUUUUGCAGCACGGGAAGUUAGCACCGGGCAGCGCCUGCUGCUAAGGGGAUCCCGAGGGACUGAAAAGAGGCAAAGGCAAAGGGAGGGAAUCCAGAGGGAGAGUUUUUCUUGUGAGAAGUAGGAGGCUGUCUGACUCCAGGACUUCGUGAUGGACCCCAAGGAGCGGAAGAAAAUCCAGUUUUCGGUACCUGCGCCGCCCAGCCAGCUGGAUCCCCGUGCAGUGGAAAUGAUCCGUCGUCGGAGACCAACCCCAGCUUUGCUUUUCCAGCUUUCAGAAACUUCUUCCCCCGAAGAUGAAGCAACCCCUUAUCAGAGAACUCUGGGUGAAGGGUACCACCUUAAAAACAAAAGGAAUGCGCCCUGUGUCUACACCCCUCCUUCUCUUAAAGCUGUGCAACGCCUAGCACAAAGUCAUCUGGAAUCCAACAGUUCCUGGAUGGAUGAAGAUUAUGCUGAAGAUGUUGAGGAGGAGGAGGAAGAGGAGGAAGAAGAAGAAGAAGAAGAAGAAGCUCAGGAUUCAGAUGACACUGUGAGGGAGAUGACUGGCUUGUAUAAACCAGGAGAAUCCCAGGGGCAGGGUCCAGCUUCCAAAGGAAGACUGCUAAGACAAUGCACUGGUGGGCAGAAAGUAUCCUUUGCAGGAUCUGUUGAGGAAGUCCCUACUGGAUCAGAGAAGUCAGAAGAUGGGGAUGCCCCGGAAGAGGAGACAAAUGUGAAACAGGAAAAGGGAGAUCCAACAUUAACAGAUCAUGACAUGGAACAGAGUCACUCUGACUGGAAAGAGAGACCCCCCUGUGCUGUUAAACUGGAAAACCGUUCUUCUCCACCCCCCAUCCACACCACAACCUAGCACUGGAAGUGAAGGAUAGUUUGGGGAGAUAUCCUGUUGAUGGCAAUCUCUCAUUUUUCACAAGACCAAUUGGAUUACUUCCUUUAAUAACUAUUUUUCCUCUAACUCUCUUUUCUGUUUUGAAUUUGUAUCUUAUUUGGCAGUGUUUGGUUAUGUUCAGUGAAUUAUUCAAUAGAAGGGUUGAAGGGAAGAAAGGUGAAUGGAAAGCUGCCUAGAAAUGAACCUUCACGUUCAAAGGCACGAUAUCUCUGAGGGCCUGUUAUUGUGGACAUGUGGCAGAAUGGCUGUUUUUAUUGUGCCUUGCCAGUAGAUUUCACUGCAAGGGAAGGAAGGAAGCCAUCCAGUCAUUGUUUGACCUUCAACCCUGGACUAGAUGCUCAUUUGGUGGGAUCUAGCAUGAUCAUUAUUGGGUUUUUUUUAAUGUUUCUGCUCACCCAUCCAGACCUGAUGAUUAUAUGACCAUGGUUUGUAAUAUUAAUAAUUACCUAAGGAAAUCAGAUUACUGAAGUGCUUCCAGACAGAUAGAGCCUUGUUCUAGUAAUAAAAAGGUAUUAUAUAACUAUGUUAUUUUUCAUUAUUUAAAAAUGGAAACUAUUGUGUGUUGAUGGGAAGGAGAAACAGAAGCAAUAUUAUGCAGCAACUGGAAGCAAUGGCCUAUAUAAACCAUGUAAAAUUUCAUGAAGGAGAUUGAUUACACAAUAAAUUCCUUGUCUGGCAGCACUUCUUUUCUAAAAAUGUUGCCAUUUGAUUUCUAAAAAUCAAGUGUGAAAAUUUGGUAUUUCAGCAAGUAGAAUUUAUAGCUGGGUUCAGCUUAAUAACCUAGAGAAAGAUCUUUAACCUCUAUCUCCCACAUCCAUUGUAACAUUCAAUGCUCAAAAAGCCAUAAUUCAAGAUUUAAUCAUUGAAUAGUUGAAUUUUCCUUCUUCCUUCCUUCUUUCCUUUCUCCCACACCUUUCUCCCUGUGUAUUGGGCAAUGCCGUUCCAUGUUUCUCUGCUCUAUUAAAACUUUGUAAAUAAAUACUGCAUUUAAAGAGUAUUUUAUGGAGGGAAGAGCCAACAAUGAAAGUUUAAGCCACUUCUUUCUUAAUGUAUUAGCCAGGAACUACAGAAGGAAAAGUUUCAUGGUUUUGUGGAGUUGACUUUCUGCAAACAAUCUCUCUAUAUAUAAACCAAAGUUCAUUGGCAGUAGAAAUAUAAAAACAUUAGGACAAAUUUGGGAGAGUGGGAAGGAGGCAUCCAUUAUGAUUCUUCCAAUGUUUAUCCCCAGGAAAACCUCAAUUUUGGCUUCUAAAACCAGCCCAAGCAAACCAGUUGUCAAAUAUUCAAGAUUUGAGUUUUGCAGUAUAGAAAUCAAGAAAUCAGCAAAAGUUUGCUUACUUAAAUGUUCAUUUAUGUAUUACUUCAACGUCUAUGCUGCUUCAAACUUCAUGACUUUAAUCUGCAGUUAGUAAAGUUAUUACAGUCUACCUCUCCUUUGUAGGGCACUUUUUAAUGCAGUUUAAGAUCCAGUUUUGUUGU